GAUUUCCACACUAUAUUUCCCGUCAGGCAGCAGCGAAGGCAACAAAGGCGGAAAGCGAACGAAGCGAAGGUGGGUUUUUGGUGGGUUGGUGAUGGACGGUUGAGGGUUGUGCGAUGGGUUGUGAUAGCGAGGAGAUAGACAGACGAGACAAGCACACACAACCUGACCACCACGCGCACAGCACCCAAUCGCAUUCACGCGUUCAGGGGAAGAAGCGAAGGCGGAGUUGGGGGGCAUUUGGUUCGGUCUGGCCUGACGUGUUGUCUGUUGCGUUUGCUUGCGUUGACGGGUGUUGUGCGUGCUUGUGCGCGUGUGCGUGUGUGUUUAUUUCGUCGCAGCAGCAACAAGCAAAGGGGUUGUCAGUCCCUUCUUGAAAGAUCGAUCUUCACCUGAACGUGCCACAGGAGGAAACUGCCCACCAGCGGCCAGAUACUGUGGCAGCGAAGAGUUUGCGACUUGAAGCACCUCCACUCCGUGCUUCGUCCUCGACGACGUGCCACCCACCCGCGCCCCAACGCAACACAGAUCACACACCAUGAGCAGCACCGCAUCGACAAAGAAGAGGUCAUCGACCGUUGCCAAGCCAAAGCGGCACCGCCGUCCAGCAGGAGUUGAGCCGCCAGCAGCAGAGGUGCUUGGUGUGGAUGCGAUCCUGGACGCCAAGGGCAAGCCACGCAUCGACGUCCUCAGGGAACACUUCCGGAAAGAAGGUGUGGUGACGGAGGAGGCCGCCAUUCAGAUCCUGAUUACGGCGGGAAAAGUCUUGAAGGAGGAGCCGACGUUGCUCGAGGUCCCGGCCCCCGUCACAGGUGUGCCGAAUUGUGUGGGGAUGGGCGACAAGGACGAUGUUGAGAAGCGACGAGAGAAGAUCCGCAACAAGAUCAGGGCCGUCGGGAAGGUCUCCCGCAUGUUUUCCACCACCGCGGUUACUUCUCAAUCGAGGCAAGCGUCUGAGAGCGUGGACAUUCUUCGCGGCAUGAGCCCAAGCGGCAGCCUGCCCAAGGGCGUCCUCUCUGCCGGCCCGCUCGGCGUCGAACAAGCGAUCCAAGGGUUUGACGAUGCAAAGCAGGCUGAUGCGCAGAACGAGCGCAUGCCACCGCAGCGGCCGCCAACGGAUCCACGCCGGUCGAAACGCCCAUCAACCACGGAUAUGCUCCGGUCCCUUGCCAUCCAGCCAACCCGCAAGAAGUGA